AUGGAAAAUAAAACAAAUCAAAAGCAGAAAACAAAAGAGAAGAGCAAAAGUAACAACAAUAAGACCAAGUUCGUGGGAGUUAGACAAAGGCCUUCAGGUAAAUGGGUGGCAGAGAUCAAAGACACGACACAAAAGAUACGAAUGUGGCUUGGAACUUUUGAAACCGCAGAAGAAGCUGCUCGAGCCUACGAUGAAGCUGCCUGUCUCCUACGUGGCUCCAAUACUCGUACUAAUUUCGCAAACCAUUUCCCAAACAACUCACAGUUGUCUUUGAAGAUCAGAAACCUCCUUCACCAGAAGCAGAGCAUGAAACAACAACAACAACAACAACCAAAACAAAACAUACCUGUCUCUUCCUUUGCAGAAUGCAGCAUCAAUUACACAUCCAAUGCUACUACUCUCACCUCCACCACCACCACAGUGAUGCCGCUUAAUAAUGUGUACCGCCCUGAUUCAUCGGUCAUAUUACAACCAGAAGCCGACAGUGUCCAGCUUCCUUACACUUGGCCACUUGUGUCCGGAUUCAACCAUCAGGUUCCAUUAACUCAAGGAGGGGAAGAACCACAUGGACAUCUCAACAAUCCAAACUCAACUGAUCAACAUUUGGGUCUGGCUGACAUUGAGAGACAGAUAUCUGCAUCCCUAUAUGCAAUGAAUGGAGCUAACAGCUACUAUGACAACAUGAAUACAGAGUAUGCGAUUUUCGAUCCUACUGAUCCCAUUUGGGAUCUCCCUUCACUCUCCCAACUCUUCUGCCCUACAUGA